AUGGCCAAAGACCAGACACUCGAAUACAUCACCAAAGUCAGUGGCAAUGUGACGGCCGAAGCCGUGGCAGUCCUCCAAGAGCAUCAGUUCUUCCUGGAGACAGACCCCAACCUCAUCUCUUCCAAGGACGAUACGCAGCCCAAGGACGGCAAGCUGCACCCACUUCCCGAGGCUGUUCAGGCCAUCAAGAAGGGGGACACCCGGUGCUACGAGGUCAUCGACAAGGUCCCCGGUGUGGCUUUAUUCUCAAAGCUGCUUCCUGGGUUGGGCACAAUCACCAACCACUACCAAAUUACAGACACCAAGGAUGGCAUCUUCGUUUACCUCCAGGCUGCUUUGGGGGUAAGCCAAGAAAGGCGUUGGGUUGUGGUGGAGGACAAGGACGGGCUGCGAAUCGUGGAAUAUGUGACCAUCUUUUGUUCGAGGCUCUUGUACGAGUCCGUGAAAGGCCAGCAAGAAGCACACUGGAGAGACGUCCACGCCCAGUACGCGCAGAAGAUGGGAGGCGAAGUGGGAAGUCAGUCUUCAAGCUGA